CUCCCGUAGAGAAGCCCAGGCCGGGGCUCCGCCACGUCCCGGGCGGCGGCUGGAGUGUGGAGUUGUUUUGUGCAGGGCGCGGCUCCGGGAGCCAUGGCCUUUACCCUGUACUCGCUGCUGCAGGCAGCCCUUCUCUGUGUCAAUGCCAUUGCCGUACUGCAUGAGGAGCGGUUCCUCAAGAACAUUGGCUGGGGAACAGACCAGGGAAUUGGUGGAUUCGGAGAGGAGCCAGGAAUCAAAUCUCAGCUAAUGAACCUUAUUCGAUCUGUAAGAACCGUGAUGAGAGUGCCAUUGAUAAUAGUAAACUCAAUUGCAAUUGUAUUACUUUUAUUAUUUGGGUGAAGAUCCAUGGGGGAAAUGGAGACUUGGAAGAAAAGAUGCAAGCAGAAGUUAUUACUUCAGUCAUUAUUGGAAUAUAGGUAUCUUAGCUGACCAACCUAGCACUUGACAAAAAUGUAAAGCUGACAAUAAAAUAAGAGUUCCUAUUUAUCUGAUUUUUUAAAAUGUUGCACUUGUAGUUUCAUUACAAAAAGAUAAGAUCAAUAAAACAGGCAGUGACUAUUCAGAAUUGAAAUACAUUUGAUUGCUGGCUGUUAGUAAUAGUCCAUGCUGUGGAAAAGUUUGUUAAAAAAGGUACUAGACUGUCAUGUCUGUGUUCAUAGAGAUUUUUCUUUCACUUCUCAGGGAUGAGUUUGUUGUUUUCCCAAAUUUUUGACAUUCCUUAUGACUUAGCUAUGAUGUGAGAGGGAUUAUCUCCCCUAGAUAAAAUCUAAAGGAUUUAAAAAACUAAUUAUUACUUGUAAAAUGAUAAAUAGGUAAUUUUAAACUUUUCGGUUAAAUUUUUUGACUAUAUAUUGACUCACCUAUGGAAAAAUCAAAUUUAUAGUUAACUAUUGAGGAGCAGUACUCCCUGAUUUCAGGGAGAAUUCUAAUUUUGUAAGUCAGCCCAUCACAUGAUGAUUGUGUUUUUGUUUUAAGUUCUUUUUUGCAUUUGUUAUUGUAUUGACUUGCUAGAAUGAUGAGACUAGACCGUAUUUUCGUAGAAAAUCUGUGUAGAAAAGUCCGUGCCCAUUUUCCAAUGAUGACUGAUUUUUUUUUUAAUCAGCAUAAAUGUAAACCUACAAGCGCAAUCCUAAACAAUCAUAAUUAAACCAUACUACAUAAAAAGACUAUGUUUAUUGUGAAGGAUUUAUUUCCAAAAAAAUAAUCAUGUUUUCAUUUCCUGGUGGAAACAUUAAGGUGUGUGUGUUUAAUUCUUCAUUUUGUCAGACAACAAAACAUUUAUGCUGGAUAAGUUGUUGUAUGUUGAUUUUGUUUUUAUGUCUAAGACCAUCUUGUGAGGUUAUUUGCUCAUCCCUUUAAUAUGGUUUUGUGCAAAAAAGAUUAAAAUUUUGUAAUUUUUUUGUGGAAAUAAUCAGUUAUAGUAUUUUGAAGGGAUGGAAUGACAUCUUUGUUUAUAGGAGAACAUUUGUAAAUAAAGUUGAAUUUCCAAGUCUAGCAUUUGGUUUUAUACCUUAGUACAUACUUGCCAGUGUUAAUUGAAUUAACCUCCAUUUUGUGUAUAGCACACUUGAUAUAAAAUCACUGAACAGAGAUUUAAUGAAAGGAAACAUUCCUAACAUUGUUUUUUUCUUAACGGAUUAACUGAGUUGUUGACAUACAACAAGAGGGCUCGUAAGCAAACUUUUUAUUUCGUGGUUUAAGUUACUUCUAAAACAUUGGAGCCAGUAAUGAAUGCCUAUCGGGCCAUACUCGAGUCAGAGAGAGAUGAUCUCUGGGUCAUGGGCUUGAAGCUGAACCAAAGAAAUAUACCAGGGAUUCUUACUUGAUUACUUGGCUCAUAUGACUAACAAACUUAUUUGUCACCUAGAGGUGGUGUUCUUUUGGACUUAGAAUGAGCUGAUGCAUGAGUCUGAGUUUAAGCCACAGAACAGAUUCAAAAGAAGCUGUUACUUCAGGGCAUUCUGGUUUUUCCGUAUGCUCUGAGCUAUACAAAAUGAGAGACCAACACCUUGGUCUGAUGCCAUUUUCAUGUAAGACAUACAUACACCUUCAUGUUUUAAUUUACUGUUGGGAUGGUACCUAAAUUCACACUCCACUGGGGAACAGGACAGUAUCAGAGUUUUCAACAGCAAAAUGGUUCUGAGGAAAGUGAGGCACUAAACAUCAAAAUGUUUCAUCUCUGGAUGCCACUUACACAAUUACAGUUUUAAAUGUGCCUGAAGGGACGAGAUCUGUAAGGUUUCCACAGGGCAGUUUGAUUCAAUAACCUAAUACCAUAUUUUAGUAGACAGUAACUUAAGUACUUGAUUGCUUGCUUACAUUCUCUCCCUUAUCCAUUCUCAGGAUUAACUAUUUGUGAUCAUCUGGACUCCAAAUGUCCGUUAUGUUUAUAGACCUUAUGUAUUCUGGCCCUGCAUCUGUAUGCUCUGGACUGUCAUGAACUGUCUUGCCUCUACUCUAUAGAUAUUAACUGAAUUCUUACCUUAAUCUUUAAUCAAUACAGUGGUUUUAAAUUUUGAUUGUUAGUGGCAGAACCAGAUUUUCAAAGGAGUCCUAACAGAACUGUAAUACUCCAAUUACUAAAACAGAUGAGAGCAGCACCAUUUAUUUAUUUACUUAUUUCUAGUUGAAGCAGAGUUGUAGCCUAAAGGCCUGCUGUUCAGCCUCCACCUCACUCUUGUCAAGCAUCUUGGGGCACUUCCACAAAACCUUAAGUUUUCAAAAACGUGGUUAAAAUUAUUAAAUCUCUGCUUUUGAUAGAGUAAGAGGAAGCAAUGUGAUCUAUGUUCUAUACGUAUAUACAAUCACUUGUGUAUUUGUGUAUUCUUAUGAAGUGACGAGAGAAAGGAAGAUAUUUGAAUGGUAAAAAGAGUAGGAGGAAGGAUAUUUCUAAUAUGCCAAGAACAUCUUUUUCCAUGUGACUUCUUAGGACACAGAAGCUUCUUAGGAACUUAGAUGUAUUUUUUGGUUGUCUCAUCUGUAAAAUUGGUCAAUAACUGAAAACAGAAAUUUAGACCUGAUAAUCUGUCUUCGAUUUCACUAACCUUUGAUACUACAUGUUCCUGUCAGAGAUGUUCUGAAGUAAAAUGUUUUUGAUAAAGGAAAAUCACUUUCUCAUUAACUCAUAACAUUUGAAUUUAUUACCAAUAAAAUUUUGAAACUAA